AUGGAAAGACCGUUUCCAGAGCCCGAGUUAAGUCACCCAAAGAAACCGAGAGCGUCUAGGCCAAAAGUGAAGUCGGGAUGUCACACUUGCAAGUCACGACGCGUGAAAUGCGAUGAGACGAAACCGAAUUGCUUACGAUGCGCCAACUUUGGUCGAAAAUGCGCUGGAUAUACCUCCAAAGAAGACACUCCACCAAAAGACACCAUUCCUACCACGAAACGGAGACUUCUGUCCAAGGUUGUACCUGCAGAACCUAUACCGGAGCUUCCUCCGCCGCUUGAUGCUCGGUUUACUCUCCUCUCUUCCAGUACACCGGCUACACAGUUCAAUCCUGCUAUUCCUCCGGGGAUCACUUUCCAAGACGAAGCAGAACUUCAAUAUCUCUGCCACUUUCGGGACGUCACCGCCAUCGAACUAGCUGGUGGAUUCUCUCCCACACUGUGGAAUACAGUCAUCUUACAGGCAUGUGACAAUGCUGAGAUCCGGCAGUUAACAAUCGCGACAGCAGCUAUGAGCAUGGCUGUCUCUCUUCUGCCAGGAAGCCACUGGAACACUGCUUCCGAUUUCCACCGUCAAUACGCGUUGCUACAAUACGGAGAAGCUCUCAAGGCUAUCCAUCGACAGAUUAUACUCUCCUGUUCAGACUCAGUGAGAACGGCAAUGAUCAGCGCGUUGCUGAUCUUCUGUUUUGAGAGCCUUCAGGCAGACGUUACUCCAACCAUGACGCAUAUACAAAUUGCUCUAGAAAUCAUUGUUAAAAAGCUAUCGAGCGAACCUCAUGCAUACCAGAUUCCUUCUGCGAGAUCUCUUAGCUCUCAGCCAAUCACCACACCGGUCAACGACGAGCUGCUCCUGGCCUUCAUGCGUAUAGAUCGUCCAUCUCUCUCUCUUCUAUGUCGACAGAAAGGACAGUCACCUCGCCCAGCAGGUCGAAUCUUCAACCUCAUCUUCCCAGCAGAACCCUUCGAAAUUCCCAUGAUCUUCUCAGCUAUCGAGGAAGCAAGAACAUACCUGGAUGAUAUACGGUGGCGGAUGUUUCCUUGCUCCCAAGCACCAGAAUCUAUGUCAAAGCUAUGGCAGAACGACAAACAAGAAGAUCUAAGUCCUGACAUCGGGGCCGUUCCGUGGCAGGUCCAGCAAUGGUAUCAAUCAUAUGAAACCCCACAGGACUCUGCUAUCAUCAGUCAGCGGCUGGCACUCUGGCACGAUGCAUUCUCGCCACUAUUGAACUACGCGAUGACUCCCGCUGGAGAAGCAAUGUUCAUCCCCGCCGCAAUACUACACAUCCAAGCCUUGGCUGCAGAACUCGUCCUCACUGGCUUCUUCCCGCCUUCCUUCUCCGAUGUCUCCAAACAACGAUCCUCCUCCUUCUCGAAUUUCCACUCCUCACCCUUCAGCGAUCUCGAACCAGUGACGCGAACAGUUUCCGGCGGAUCUCUCAGUGUUCCACCAAAUGUGCCUUCGCACCGCCGCAGCUCGUCUCACUCCCCACCCCACCCAACACAGGAAAACACCGCCUUGUUCCCCACCGUCCACGCAAUCCUCAACUUCUCACGACGUCUUGUGGCACACCCUAAGUUCUCGAAGGGAUUUGUGUUCGAUAUUGGGAUCAUUUCGUCUCUUUCACUAGUGGUGAUGUUGUGUCCGGAUCGAGGGUUGAGGAGGGAGGCUGUCGAAGUAUUCAAGGCGAUGAGGCCGAGGAGAGAGGGGGUGUGGGAUAGCCGUGUCUGUGCGGAGGCUGGGGACAAGUCAAUUGUGAAGGAGGAAAUGGGGAUGGAAUUUAUUGAUCCAUCGCUGCGUUAAGUGUUGGGGAGUCUGAGAGUGUCUUAGCAGCGCUAACAGACAAGGAAACAGAGAGGACCGAGUAUACGGGUAGUGAGAAUUGCAAGGUGUAAAAUUUGGUCGAAGAUACCACGACGUCAGGGAAAGCGUUUGUAUGCUUGCAUGAACGUAAAAAUACUAUAUUUCAACAAAUGGGAUUGACUUCCCCUACAAGGAGAUUUGGAUAUGAUCUCGCGCAGAG